AUGGGAGAGGAUUCGCCGAAAAAUAAAGUAAAAUUCCUCUGCAGCUACGCCGGCAAGGUCCUCCCACGACCCUCCGAUGGCCUCCUCAGGUAUGUCGGGGGCGAGACUCGGGUGGUUUCAGUCCCUCGCGACGUCACAUUCUCCGAGCUGAUGAAGAAGGUGAGCGGGAUGGUGGAGGGGGAGGUGGUGCUAAAGUACCAGCUGCUCCCGGAAGAUCUGGACGCGUUGGUGUCAGUUAGGACGCAGGAAGAUGUGAAGCACAUGAUCCAGGAGCUGGAUCGUCACCACACCGGAAUGCUCCGUGCAUUCCUCUUCCCCACUUCAAAGACGCCUUUGCUUGCGUCGGAACCCUAUCUCUUGGAGCAACGCUACAUCGACGCCGUAAAUGGGAUCAUCCGAACAAGCCCUAAGGCAGCCAAGGGCUCUGCAUGUUCAUCCCCAAAAUCAUCGUCACCGGAUGCAGGGGAUCUGUACUCGCCUAGGUACUCCCCUAGUUUUGGGAAUUUCAAAUCGAAUGCGAAUGCCAUGCAGAGAGUGCAAAGCUCUCCCAGCCUCACCAGCAUUGGUGGCUUCGAUCAGCAAGGUCAUUAUCACCAGCAUCCCCAUCUCCCAUUUCACAACUAUCCAUCUUCCUCAACGUUAACUUCUAGACCGCCCCACGAUCCUCAACUGGGAAGGCUUGGUGGAAGGGGUGCCUCCUUUAACUAUCACUACUCAAACACCAGACAACCCCACAGAGGAGGAGGAGGAGGCUACGCCUACCAUGAUGACUCUGCGACCUAUGUGAAUGGCCAUGUUCCCAUUCAAAGUAUGCCCAGAAGUCCUAGAAGAAAAUCUGUAUGGGACUAG